CAAAUUUCAGUGGCUGUGGAUGAUGGGCAGUGCUGGCAGUGAGGGCGGUGGUGAGGGCGGUGGUGAUGGUGGCGGGAGUGAGGGACGUGCUGUUGCAAGCACCACGCCCGCUGCGCCGAGCGAGCCAGGGAUGGAAGGAGCGAGGACGCAGAGCAUAGUGAGAAGAGGAAGUGGUGUUAGAAGAGAAGGAGUACAGCAACAACAAGAAGGGGAACAGCAAGACGAGGAAGAUCAGCAACAACAAGAAGGGGAACAGCAAGACGAGGAAGAUCAGCAACAACAGCAACAACAACAACAACGACAGCAAGGAAGACGGGCACAUGUAAAGCGGGUCAAGUGUCCAGUGUGUGGCAAAGUGUGCAAGAAGCUGUCUGCAUUGAAAGACCAUAUGACCACGCACUCUGGUGAGAAGCCACAUGUGUGUCGCAUCUGCAAGGCGCGCUUUUCAACCUCUUCCAACUGUCGUCGGCACGAGCGCAGCCACCUCGCGUCGCGGAUGCAGUGCGACAUCUGCUACUGCAUGUUCACGGACAUUGCCAAGUUUCGCGGCCACAUGCGCAGGCACGAAGUGACGCGCGGCUACAAUUGUGAGGAGUGUGGUGAGGUGUUUCGGGAGGUGCUGCGCCUGCGAAAGCAUGCCCGCAUCAAGCACAGCGACAGCGAGCAUGUGUGCUCGGGAUGCGGUCGCUGGUACAGGUUUGUGGGCUCCGUGGCUCUGCACCAGCAAUCAUGCGACGCGUUUUUGGCGAAAGCGCCUGCAGCCCACACCCACAGGCAGCACAACCAUCCCCGUGGCCCUUGCGGUCCGCGCCAUUUUGGACAGUUUAACUGACUCCUCCACCGUGCCAUGCAUGCAUGCUGUCGUCGUCGCUGUUGCUUGUGUACCUGUCUUGCAUUGUUGGACUCGGCACGUUUUGCGUCCACCAUUCGUUGCAUAUGUAGUCUUUAUUUUCCCUGUAUUGAUGCAUCAUUUGACUGUCCUUUUCGAUGCAGUGCAUCUUGCGUGCAUGCAGACAGGUGCGCCUGUGUUUCAUGCGGGCGUGCUUGUGAUGGAUGCAGGAAUUUGACUGUCCCCAGCAUGUGUGACAGACGUGCUGCUUGGUUUGACGCGUGGUUUUAACUGUUGUAAUGAUGGAAGACGUAACUGACGAAUGAUUGUGUAAUGUAAACUGAAGCACUCAUAGUCUGCCGAACAAGACGUAAUGUAACCCCAACGAG